CCGAGCUCGGUGCCUUUCGGCGGUGUCGGCGGCGGGCGGCGAGAGCGGCUGGAAGGGCGGCGGGGCGGCGGCAGGAGGCAGGAGCGCGGCGAGCGCGGCGGGCGGAGAAUGGCGGGGAGGCGGCGGCAGAGGCGCGGGCCGGGCGGCGGGCGAGCGCUGCUGGCCGCGGUGCUGCUGUGCGUGUGCUGCCGGGCGGCGGCCGAGCGGGUCCGCUACGCCAUCGCCGAGGAGCUGGGCAGAGGCUCGCUCGUGGGGCCGCUGGCGCGGGACCUGGGGCUCAGCGCCGACGAGCUGCCGGCGCGCAAGCUGCAGGUGGCGUCUGCCGGCAAGAAGCAGCUGAAAUACUUCACGGUGGAUGAGGAGAACGGGAACCUGUACGUGAACGAGAGGCUGGACCGGGAGGAGAUGUGCGGCGACUCGGCGACCUGCUCCGUCAGCUUCGAGGCGCUGGUGCACAAUCCGCUGAACAUCUUCCGCGUCGAGGUGUCCAUUGAGGACGUGAAUGACAACUCCCCAGUUUUCAGCAAAGCUGUUCUGGACCUCGAGAUUGGUGAAUGGACGCUUCCCGGUGCUCGUUUUCCCCUGGAAAUGGCCCGAGAUAUGGAUGUGGGCAGAAACUCUCUUUUGUUUUACCAACUCACCAGCAACCCGUUCUUCACUUUGGCCAUGAAGGAGAGCACUGGUGGAAAAAAACAGCCCGAAUUGGUGCUGGAGACAGCAUUGGACCGGGAGAAGCAGAGUUCCUUCGAGCUGGUGCUGACGGCUGUGGACGGUGGGGAGCCCUCGAGAUCCGGGACUGUCCAGAUUCUGGUUAACAUCACCGACGCAAACGACAACCCGCCCGAGUUCAGCAAAAGGGUCUACGAGGCGCGAGUGGCAGAGAAUCUGCCGGCGGGGUCUCUGGUGCUGCGGGUGCAGGCGAAGGAUGCGGACGCGGGCGCUAACGGGAGAGUCUUUUAUUCCUUCGGCAACGUCGCGGAGAGCAUCCGCUCGCUGUUCACUAUUGACAGUGAGAGUGGCGAGGUGAGGACGGCGGGUCCCCUCGAUUUCGAGGAACAGAGUAAAUACAGCUUUCGGCUGGAGGCGAGGGACGGUGGAGGGCUCACCGAUCACUGCGAAGUUCAGAUCGAUAUCACGGACGAGAAUGACAACGCCCCGGAGAUCACGAUUCUUUCACUCUCGAGUCCCGUACCUGAGGACGCGCCGGUCGGCACCGUGGUGGCUGUGCUGAACGUGAACGACCCGGACUCGGGCGAGAACGGUCAGGUGUCGUGCGAGUUGUCGGGCGAGGCGCCGCUGUCGCUGGUGGCGUCGUCGGGCGGCUCGUACAAGGUGGUGACGGCGAGCGCGCUGGACCGCGAGCAGGCGUGCGAGCACCGCGUGACGGUGGUGGCCCGGGACCGGGGCAGGCCGGCGCUGCGGAGCAGCAGGGAGCUGGUGCUGGAGGUGUCGGACGUGAACGACAACGCGCCGGUGUUCGAGGAGGCGGCGUACAGCGCGUACGUGGCGGAGAACAACGCGGCGGGCGCGCUGGUGCUGCGCGUGCAGGCGCGGGACGCGGACGCGGGCGCCAACGGGCGCGUGAGCUACUGGCUGGCGGGCGGCAGCGCGGGCGCGGCGGGCGCGGCGCCGCUCGUGUCGGUGGAGGCGCGGAGCGGCGCGCUGUACGCGCAGCGCUCCUUGGACUACGAGCGGUGCCGCGAGUUCGCGGUGGCCGUGCGGGCGCAGGACGGCGGCUCGCCGGCGCGCAGCUCCACGGCCACGGUGCGCGUCUUCGUGCUGGACCGCAACGACAACGCGCCCAGGGUGCUGUGGCCGGCGGCGGCGGCGGCGGCGGCGGCGGGAGAGGCGGCGGGAGGGGCGGCGGCGCCUUUCGAGGUGGUGCCGCGCUCGGCCGAGGCCGGCUACCUGGUGGCCAAGGUGGUGGCGGUGGACGCGGACGCGGGGCGCAACGCGUGGCUGUCGUACGAGCUGGUGGCGGCGUCGGAGCCGGCGCUGUUCCGCGUGGGGCUGCACAGCGGCGAGGUGCGCACGGCGCGCGCCGUGUCCGAGCGGGACGCGGCCAAGCAGCGUGUGGUGGCCGUGGUGAAGGACCACGGGCAGCCGGCGCUGUCGGCCACGGCCACGCUGCACGUGGUGCUGGCCGAGAGCUUGCAGGAGGCGCUGCCGGAGCUGAGCGAGCGGCCGGCGGGCGCCGAGGCGGCGGCGGCGGCCGAGCUGCAGUUCUACCUGGUGCUGGCGCUGGCGCUGCUGUCGGCGCUCUUGGUGCUGAGCGUGGCGCUGGCCGUGCUGGCGCGGCUGCGCCGGGCCGGGCCGCCCGCCGUGCUGCGCUGCCUGGGCGCAGCGCUUCUCUCGCUGGCCGGCGCCGCCUUCCCGGCCGACUUCUGCGAGGGCACCUUGCCCUACUCCUACAACCUGUGCGUGGCGCCGCCGGCCCGCGCCCCGCCCGAGGCCGCUUGGCCGCCGCCGCCGCCGGUGCCCAUCCUGUCGGCGGAGGAGCUUCUGGGCGGGGAUUCCUGCGACAAGCCGAGCCUGAGCUGCAGCGCCGUUGUGGGGGAGGUGCCCGCCGAGCCUGACGCAGCUCAGUACCGUGCCGGCGGUGCCGCGGCGGCGAUGUGCGCGGCGGGGAGGCGCUGGGGCCGGCGGCAGCGAGCUCUGCUCUGGGCCGUGCUGCUGGCAGCGUGGGAGGCGGCGUGGGGGCAGCUGCGCUACUCGGUGCCCGAGGAGAUGCCCAAGGGCUCCUUCGUGGGCGACGUGGCCAAGGACCUGGGGCUGCAGCUGCCGGAGAUCAGCGACCGCGGCGUUCGCAUUGUAGAAAGAGGUCGGACGCAGUAUUUCGCUGUGCACGGGAAGACGGGACAUUUAGUGACGGCGGAGAGGAUCGACAGAGAGCAGCUGUGCGAGAAUGUGCAGCAAUGCGUGCUGCGCUGUGAGCUGAUAGUGGAGGGGGAAAUGAAGUUUUAUGAAAUAGAGGUGGAAAUCGCAGACAUUAACGACAACGCGCCCAGCUUCAAGGACAUUGAGCUGGAACUGAAAAUGAGCGAAACCACAGCUCCAGGGUCACGGUUUCCCCUGCCCGACGCUCACGACCCAGACUCGGGCCGGAAUUCCCUGCAGAGCUACGAGCUGAGCGGUGACGAGCACUUCUCGCUGGCCGUGCAGGCGGGCCCCGGCGGCGAUCAGCGUCCCGAGCUGGUGCUGGCGAAGGCGCUGGACCGGGAGGAAGCGGCGUUUCACGAGCUGGUGCUGCGGGCGAUGGACGGCGGCGAUCCGGCCCGGACGGGCACGGCUCGGAUCCGCGUAACCGUGCUGGACGCGAACGACAACGCGCCGGUGUUCAGCCAGGCGGAGUACACGGUGCGUGUGCCCGAGGACGUGCCCGUGGGCUCCAUCCUCGUCACUGUCACGGCCACCGACGCCGACGAGGGCCUGAACGGACACGUGAAAUACAGUUUUCAUAGAAUUUCAAAAAGGGCAUCCGAACUUUUUGACCUUGAAUCUAGGACAGGAGAAAUAACCCUUAAGGAGAACUUGGACUUCGAAGAAAUUUCCACAUUUGAAAUGGAGCUGCAGGCACGGGACGGGGGAGAGCUAUUCGACACAGCCAAAGUCACAAUCUCCGUCACAGACGUCAACGACAAUGCCCCUGAACUGACCGUAUCGUCUGCAUUGACUGAGAUCACUGAAGACGCCCCGUCGGGGACGGUGGUUGCCCUGCUGCACGUAAAUGAUGUAGACUCGGGGGCCAACGGUGAGGUGCGCUGCUCACUCGAUGGGGGCGUCCCGUUCCGGCUUCAAAGGUCGCAGGGCAAUUACUACCGCGUGGUGACGGCGGGAGAGCUGGACCGGGAGCAGGUGUCGGAGUACAACGUGACGGUGCGGGCGGCCGACGGCGGGCGGCCGGCGCUGCAGAGCAGCGCGGUGCUGGCGCUGCGGGUGCUGGACGUGAACGACAACGCGCCGGUGUUCGCGGAGGAGCGCUACAGCGCGCGGCUGGCGGAGAACAACGCGGCGGGCGCGCUGGUGCUGACGGUGCGCGCCACGGACGCGGACUGGGGGCAGAACGCGCGCGUGCGCUACCGGCUGGCGGAGGGGCGGGUGCGGGGCGCGCCGCUGUCGUCGUACGUGUCGGUGCAGGCGGAGACGGGCGCGCUGUACGCGCUGCGCUCCUUGGACUACGAGCAGCUGCGCGAGCUGCAGCUGUGGGUGCGUGCGGAGGACGGCGGCGCGCCGGCGCUCGGCAGCAACGUGUCGGUGCGGCUGGAGGUGCUGGACGAGAACGACAACGCGCCGCAGGUGCUGUACCCGCCGGCGGCCGCGGCGCUGGGCUCGGGCGCCGCGUGGUCGGGCGUGGAGCUGGCGCCGCGGCGCUCGGAGGCCGGCGCGCUGGUGGCCAAGGUGGUGGCGGUGGACGCGGACGCGGGGCAGAACGCGUGGCUGUCCUACGAGCUGGCCAAGGCCACGGAGCCGGGGCUGUUCCGCGUGGGGCUGCACAGCGGCGAGGUGCGCACGGCGCGCUCGCCGCUGGCCCGCGACGCGGCGCGCCACAGCCUGGUGGUGCUGGUGCGGGACCACGGGCGGCCGGCGCUGUCGGCCACGGCCACGCUGAGCGUGGUGCUGGCCGAGAGCGUGGCCGAGCUGCUGGCCGAGCUGGGCAGCGCGGCCGACGAGGCGGCGGCGCCGGGCGAGCCGGCCGCCAGCCUGACGCGCUGGCUCGUGCUGGCCGUGGCCGCCGUGUCGUGCCUCUUCGUGGCCUUCCUGCUGCUGCUGCUGGCGCUGCGCCUGCGCCGCUGCCACCGCCGCCAGCUGCUGCCGCCGGACGGCGGCGCCUUGCGCGGCGUGCCCGUUCCCUACUCGCACGACGUGUCGCUCACGGCCGACUCGCGCAAGAGCCAGCUGCGCCUCUCGGCCGCCGCCUGCUGCGACACCCUCCCGGCCCGGCCGCCGCCCGACGAGCCCGCGCCGCUGCUCGGGGACGAGGAUCUUGCCGGCGCCCUCCCCGCGGAUCCCGCCCCUCCCUCGGCCGCGCCCAAAGCCGGGCCCCGCCGAGCGCGGCCAUCGGGCGGCUGCAGCGGCGCGGCGGCGCCUCCGGGUGUCGCUGUUGGCCGCCGCCGAGCGGCGCUGGAGCCGCCGCCGCCGCCGCCGCAGCGUCCUGCCCCCGCAGGCUGCUCGCUCGCCCGGCGCCGGCCACAGCGGCAGCGGCCGCGGCCGCAGCAGCGAGAGGCGGCGAGAGGCGGCGAGAGGCGGCGCGCCGAGCUCGGUGCCUUUCGGCGGUGUCGGCGGCGGGCGGCGAGAGCGGCUGGAAGGGCGGCGGGGCGGCGGCAGGAGGCAGGAGCGCGGCGAGCGCGGCGGGCGGAGAAUGGCGGGGAGGCGGCGGCAGAGGCGCGGGCCGGGCGGCGGCGAGCGCUGCUGGCCGCGGUGCUGCUGUGCGUGUGCUGCCGGGCGGCGGCCGAGCGGGUCCGCUACGCCAUCGCCGAGGAGCUGGGCAGAGGCUCGCUCGUGGGGCCGCUGGCGCGGGACCUGGGGCUCAGCGCCGACGAGCUGCCGGCGCGCAAACUGCAGGUGGCGUCUGCCGGCAAGAAGCAGCUGAAAUACUUCACGGUGGAUGAGGAGAACGGGAACCUGUACGUGAACGAGAGGCUGGACCGGGAGGAGAUGUGCGGCGACUCGGCGACCUGCUCCGUCAGCUUCGAGGCGCUGGUGCACAACCCGCUGAACGUCUUCCACGUCGACGUGGCUAUUGAGGAUGUGAAUGACAAUUCCCCGGUCUUCAGCAAGGCUGCUCUGGAACUGGAAAUCACAGAAUUGACGCUUCCCGGUGCUCGUUUUCCACUGGAGACGGCACGAGACGCUGAUGUGGGAAGGAAUUCGCUGUUGACUUACCAACUAACCAGCAGCCCGUCCUUCUCACUGGCCUUAAAAGAGAGCCCUGACGGAGGCAAGCAACCAGAAUUGGUGCUGGACAGAGCCUUGGACCGGGAGAAGCAGAGUUCCUUUGAGCUGGUGUUGACGGCAGUGGACGGUGGGGAACCUGCGAGAUCCGGGACUGUCCAGGUUCUCAUCAACGUCACAGACGCCAAUGACAACCCACCCGUGUUCAGCAAAAGCGUCUACGAGGCGCGAGUGGCAGAGAAUUUACCAGCAGGGUCACUGGUACUGCAGGUUCAGGCGAAGGAUGCAGACGCUGGCACAAACGGGCAGGUGUCCUACUCCUUCGGCAAUGUCCCUGACGCUAUCAGUGCGUUGUUCACUGUCGAACGGGAAACUGGGGAGGUGAGGACGGCGGGUCCCCUCGAUUUCGAGGAGAAGAGCAAAUACAUCUUUGGCCUGGAGGCGAGGGAUGGCGGGGGUUUGGUAUCACACUGCAAGGUGCAGAUCGACAUCAUAGACGAGAACGACAACGCGCCCGAGAUCACGAUUCUUUCACUCUCGAGUCCCGUGCCCGAGGACGCUCCGGUCGGCACCGUGGUGGCCGUGCUGAACGUGAACGAUCCUGAUUCGGGCGAGAACGGUCAGGUGUCGUGCGAGCUGUCGGGCGAGGCGCCGCUGUCGCUGGUGGCGUCGUCGGGCGGCUCGUACAAGGUGGUGACGGCGAGCGCGCUGGACCGCGAGCAGGCGAGCGAGCACCGCGUGACGGUGGUGGCCCGGGACCGGGGCAGGCCGGCGCUGCGGAGCAGCAGGGAGCUGGUGCUGGAGGUGUCGGACGUGAACGACAACGCGCCGGUGUUCGAGGAGGCGGCGUACAGCGCGUACGUGGCGGAGAACAACGCGGCGGGCGCGCUGGUGCUGCGCGUGCAGGCGCGGGACGCGGACGCGGGCGCCAACGGGCGCGUGAGCUACUGGCUGGCGGGCGGCAGCGCGGGCGCGGCGGGCGCGGCGCCGCUCGUGUCGGUGGAGGCGCGGAGCGGCGCGCUGUACGCGCAGCGCUCCUUGGACUACGAGCGGUGCCGCGAGUUCGCGGUGGCCGUGCGGGCGCAGGACGGCGGCUCGCCGGCGCGCAGCUCCACGGCCACGGUGCGCGUCUUCGUGCUGGACCGCAACGACAACGCGCCCAGGGUGCUGUGGCCGGCGGCGGCGGCGGCGGCGGCGGGAGAGGCGGCGGGAGGGGCGGCGGCGCCUUUCGAGGUGGUGCCGCGCUCGGCCGAGGCCGGCUACCUGGUGGCCAAGGUGGUGGCGGUGGACGCGGACGCGGGGCGCAACGCGUGGCUGUCGUACGAGCUGGUGGCGGCGUCGGAGCCGGCGCUGUUCCGCGUGGGGCUGCACAGCGGCGAGGUGCGCACGGCGCGCGCCGUGUCCGAGCGGGACGCGGCCAAGCAGCGUGUGGUGGCCGUGGUGAAGGACCACGGGCAGCCGGCGCUGUCGGCCACGGCCACGCUGCACGUGGUGCUGGCCGAGAGCUUGCAGGAGGCGCUGCCGGAGCUGAGCGAGCGGCCGGCGGGCGCCGAGGCGGCGGCGGCGGCGGCGGCCGAGCUGCAGUUCUACCUGGUGCUGGCGCUGGCGCUGCUGUCGGCGCUCUUGGUGCUGAGCGUGGCGCUGGCCGUGCUGGCGCGGCUGCGCCGGGCCGGGCCGCCCGCCGUGCUGCGCUGCCUGGGCGCGCAGCGCUUCUCGCUGGCCGGCGCCGCCUUCCCGGCCGACUUCUGCGAGGGCACCUUGCCCUACUCCUACAACCUGUGCGUGGCGCCGCCGGCCCGCGCCCCGCCCGAGGCCGCUUGGCCGCCGCCGCCGGUGCCCAUCCUGUCGGCGGAGGAGCUUCUGGCCGGGGAUUCCUGCGACAAGCCGAGCCUGAGCAGCAGCGCCCUGACGGGAGAGCCGCCGGCCGACCCGGAUGCACCGCAGGUGAUAGCCUGGAGGAUGGAAGCAGAGAGCGGCUGGAGAAAUGCGGAGGCAGGAGAUCGGCGCUGGACGAAAAGCGACAUGUCCGUGGCGCCUGUCGCCUGUGCGGAGCAAGGCAGGGCGGGCAGCGCCGGGCAGCGCUCGGUGCCUGCAGUGCCGGGAGGAGGCUGCGGGCGCCGCUGUUGA